AGGGGAGCCGCACAUGGAGGGGGAGAGUGCAAAGGGGAGCGCUUGUGCAAGGGAAUGUGCUUGUGCAAGGGAGAGAGCCCACGUGAGGAGUGCUUGUGCAAGGGGCUGUGCUUGUGCAACUGCUGUGGAAAAGCGGGGGGCUGGGGGGGGGUUUGUGUUCCGUGCACCCCCCCUCGUGCAAAGCCCACGUGCAAGGCUUUCGUGCGACCCCCUCAUGCAACCCCUCGUGCAAGUGGUGAAAGCCUCAGCCGCAAAUCUGUUGUGCAAAACCCUUGUGCAAAUCCCUUGUGUGCUGGCCUCGUGCAAACAGCAGCUUCAAAUCCUUCCUGCCACCCCUCGUGCAAAAUCCCCGUGCAAGCCCCAUGCUCACGCCUCCGUGCACCCCCUCGUGCAACCCCACGCGCCCAACCCUUGUGCAACCCGUAGUGCAAACCCCGCUCACACCCUUGUGCACAACCCUCACGCAACCCCUCGUGCACAACCCUCGUACAAGCCCCAUGGUCGCAUCCUCGUGCAACCCCCUCGUGCAAACGCAUGUGCACAACCCUCACGCAUACCCCUCGUGCAACCCCCCGUGCAAACCCAAUGCUCGCACCCUCGUGCAAACCCCCGUGCAAACCCCACGCGCCCAACCCUCGUGCAACCCCUCGUGCACAACCCUCGUGCAAACCCCUGUGCAUCCCAUUGUGCAAGCCCCACGUGCACAACCCCUGUGCAAACCCCACACUUGCACCCUCGUGCAAGCCCUCGUGCACAACCCCGAGCAAACCCCACGCUCACACCCUCGUGCAAACCCUCGUGCACAACCCCCAUGCAAAACCCACGCUCACACCCUCGCUCAAACCACCCCCGUGCAAACCCCACACUCGCACCCUUGUGCAACCCCUCUUGUGCAAACCCCCGUGCAAACCUCACGCUCACACCCUAGUGCAACUCCUUGUGCACAACCCUCGUGCAAACAGCUGUGCACCUUCGUGCAACCCCCGUGCACAACCCCCGUGCAAACCCCACGCUCACACCCUCGCGCAAACCACCCCCGUGCAAACCCCACACUCGCACCCUCGUGCAACCCCUUGUGCAACCCCUCGUGCAAACCCCAUGCUCACACCCUCCUGAAACCCCUUGUGCAAAACCCCCGUGCAAACCCCACGCUCGCACCCUCGUGCAACCCCUCGUGCACAACCCUCGUGCAAACAGCUGCGUACCCUUGUGCAACCCCUUGUGCACAACCCCCGUGCAAACCCCAUGCUCACACCCUCCUGCAACCCCUUGUGCAAAACCCCCGUGCAAACCCCACACUCGCACCCUCGUGCAAACCCCUCUUGUGCAAACCCCCGUGCAAACCCCUCGUGCACAACCCCCCGUGCAAACCCCGGUUCCCGCCGUGCGCCCCCCAGCGGAGCUGCUGCUGGCCGAGGAGCCGCAGGACCCCAAGUGCUUCAGCCGCCAGCUGCACGACCUCACCUGCUUCUGGGACACCGACGGCCCCCCGACCCCAACCGCUUCCAGCUGCACUUCCGCCUCGAGUGCGUGCCCCGACCUCCGACCCCCGACCUCUGACCCCGACCUCCGACCCCUGACCUCUGACCCCUGACCC